AUGUCACAAAAACUCAAAUAUCCCAAAAUUUCUGGUUACCAGCUUGUACAACGCAUUGGCGGAGGUGGCUUCUCAACAGUGUUCCGAGCGGUACACUUUGAGGACCAUCGUGUCGCAGCAUGCAAGAUGAUUGCACUGACGGCCGACACUACCGCCAAUGAACGCAGGUUGUUGGACAAAGAGAUGAAUGUACAUCGAGAGCUAAAACACAAGAAUGUUCUGGAGUUCAUAUCCUCAGUCACCAUUGAGCCCAAAAAGAAGUCGCCGUAUCUCCCUGGACUGUACAUGCUCUUGGAGCUCGCUGCUGGUGGCGACUUGUUCGAUAAGAUAGCUCCUGACAUUGGCGUCGGUGACGAUGUUGCUCACUACUAUUUUAACCAAUUGAUUUCCGGUCUGCACUACAUCCACACAGAGGGCGUGUGCCACAGGGAUCUGAAGCCCGAGAAUCUUCUGCUCGACGCAGCAGGUACACUGAAGAUCUCCGACUUUGGCCUCUCCUCCGUAUACAAGCUGAAGGCCACUGGGGAAACCCGGCUCUUGAACGAGCGGUGUGGAAGCCUGCCGUAUGUAGCGCCUGAGCUAAAGAUAAACAAGCCAUAUGCUGCGGAACCGAUAGACAUUUGGGGCUGUGGAGUGAUCCUGUUCACAUUCCUUGCGGGCAACACACCAUGGGACGAGCCGACCAAGAAGAGUGAGGAAUACUGUCGAUAUCUCAGCGGACAAUGCUUCAAUGAUGACCCUUGGAACCGAAUGGGCGAGAACGCGCUCUCUCUUCUCACAGGAAUGCUUGCCAUCCUCCCAUCUCAGCGGAUGACGUUGGGCGAGGUCUUCCAACACCCAUGGGUGACGCGACCAAGUCAGAUCGCCGGUAAAGGCAUGGCAGUCCUCGCCCAGCGUCUGACAGAAGCUUUGCGAGAGACAGGCGAUCUUGAGAUUGCUACACCAGACAUGAAUCAAUUUGAGGUAGACGAAGACGGCGACACUAUCAUGAAGUCCGCCUCGCUCCACAAAUCGCAAUUCACACAAAGCCUUUUGCUCUUCUCCCAAACGCAGUCCGGGCGGCGAUACACGCCACACCUCACUCGCUUCUACUCUUCACUCAGGCGGCACGACCUGCAGCCGCUGGUCACGGCGGCGCUGACGGUGCUCGGCGUGAAAUGGAAGCCGCCUAUGGAGGAAACAGACGACGACGGGGACGGCGCGGGGGUGCCCAUGCUGAGUGUACGCAUUGGCGGGUUCGACAAGCGCAAGCUGAUGUUCAAGGGUUGGGUCCUGCUCGAGGACUUCAACUAUGGCGAGCGGGAGGGCACGUUCUGUGUCAUGCAGAGGGAUCAGGGAAACCCGAUUUCGUGGAGGCUACUGUGGAAGUCGCUGAUCAUGUCGCCUCAGGUGGAGCCGCAUGUGCUCAGGAAGCGGUAG